UAUAAAGAGGGAAGGGCUUUGGCUGGAAGAAUUCUGGCAAGUCUUGUCUUUUGGAAGAGGUAGAGUGUGCCUAGUGGGCUCCACACAGCACAUACCUACCAGAAAGCUCAGUCCUCUUGUGGCUUCUAAGUGCCAAGUGCCAGCAGAUCCAUGAUGGGCUCGGUGCUCCCAGCGGAAGCCCUGGUACUGAAGGGUGGGCUGAACAAGCCAGCCUUGUCCUUGGCUGAGAUGAUCACCUCUGAUAUCCUGCACAGCUUCCUCUAUGGGCGCUGGAGGAACGUUCUGGGGGAGCAACUUUUUGAAGAGAAGAACAACCACAGCAGUCCAAAAACUGCCUUCACAGCUGAGGUCCUGGCACAGUCUUUCUCUGGAGAGGUGCAGAAGCUUUCCAGCCUGGUCCUGCCUUCAGAAGUAAUCAUUGCCCAGAGCUCCAUCCCUGGUGAGGGGCUUGGCAUCUUCUCCAAGACCUGGAUUAAGGCUGGCACUGAGAUGGGACCGUUCACUGGCAGAGUCAUUUCUCCGGAGCAUGUGGACCUGUGCAAGAACAACAAUCUGAUGUGGGAGGUGUUCAAUGAAGACAGCACAGUGCGUUAUUUUAUUGAUGCCAGCCAAGAAGACCACCGUAGCUGGAUGACUUACAUCAAGUGUGCCCGCAAUGAGCAGGAACAGAACUUGGAGGUGGUACAGAUUGGAAAUAGCAUCUUCUACAAGGCGAUAGAGACAAUCCCUCCAGACCAAGAACUUUUGGUAUGGUAUAGCAACACACAAAGCACCUUCCUUGGCAUUCCUGGAGUCCCUGGAAUAGAAGAGGAACAAAAGAAAAAUGAAUUUGGUGGCAUUGAUCCCACUGCAGCCACUCUGGCUGGUCGAAUGCGCUGCGUCAUCUGUCACCGUGGCUUCAACUCGCGCAGUAAUUUACGCUCACACAUGAGAAUCCACACACUGGACAAACCCUUUGUAUGCCGCUUUUGCAACCGCCGCUUCAGCCAGUCUUCCACCUUACGCAACCAUGUCCGACUGCACACCGGGGAGCGUCCUUACAAAUGCCAAGUCUGCCAGAGCGCCUACUCACAGUUAGCUGGCCUGAGAGCUCAUCAAAAGAGUGCAAGGCACCGUCCACCAAACAACGUCCUGCAGGCUCAUUCUCCAAACCUGCCAGUGCCACACCCAGCUUCUCUAGCGCACCACAUCCCCACCAUGGUCUUGUGAAGUUGGUCAUCAUUACAAAAAAAACUCAGCUUAUUAAACAGAGACACCUUAUAGGUUGAUCCUUGGACUGAGGUGGUUUACGAAACUGUUUUUAUUUUUGUAGCUCAAACUUACUUCUGCCUAACUUCCACAAGUUUUUCUACACAGUACCAAAAAACACAUGUUGAGAGUUUGAAGUUAAAAAGACAGAUACCCAACUUAAAAAAGGCCAUCAGUCACAUACUCAUGCAAACAAGCCUCUCUCUUGGAACAGAAUCAUAUAUUAAUGUAUACAUGUUGCUAGAAAUUAAGACAGCCAUUUUGUAUGUUGACACAGCAUGCAUGAAAAAAGGAGACCAAUUUUUGGCUUGCUGCUUUUUGAUAAAGUAGUUCAGCAGACAAAAUGGCUUUUUUGGUUCAUUGUAACACUAGUACUAAAUUGCCUUGUUAGGUCUCAUAUGAGUUGAUUUUCUAAAUUUAGUUUAAACUGAUAAAUUGAAGCUUUUGCCAGGAACUCUAUAGUUUUCAAACUACAUGACUUGGAUUAUAUAAUGUAAUGGGUGGCGAGACAUGUAGUACCAACAUCUCUAUAUGCAGGAUACAUCAAAAGUUAUGGGGAUUGGCCAUUUUUGUCUUAACACGUUGUAUGUGCUAAAAACAAAAAAAAAUCUACAUUUUUAAAACAGCCCUCAAUUGGGUAACAGAGGCCUUUGCUACCUUCCUGCCAACAAUGUAUCAAAACCCAA